GCUGAGCCAAGUGGGAGACAGACUUUCGUAAGGGCUACAGAAACCAAGAGACUGCACCAUGGCAGGGAAGCCCAUUCUUCACUAUUUCAAUGGACGCGGCAGAAUGGAGUGCAUUCGGUGGCUCCUGGCUGCAGCUGGAGUGGAGUUUGAAGAAAAAUUUAUAGAAAAACCAGAAGACUUGGAUAAGUUAAAAAAUGAUGGGAGUUUGAUGUUCCAGCAAGUGCCAAUGGUUGAAAUUGAUGGGAUGAAGCUGGUGCAGACCAGAGCCAUUCUCAACUACAUUGCCACGAAAUACAACCUCUACGGGAAAGACAUGAAGGAGAGAGCCCUGAUUGAUAUGUAUUCAGAGGGUGUGGCAGAUUUGGGUGAAAUGAUCAUGCAUUUGCCACUGAGCCCACCUGCUGAAAAAGAUGCCAAGCUGACCCUAAUCCGAGAAAAGACAACAAACCGUUAUCUCCCUGCAUUUGAAAAUGUGCUGAAGAGCCACGGACAAGACUAUCUGAUGGGCAACAAGCUGAGCAGGGCUGACAUCCACCUGGUUGAACUUCUCUACUAUGUGGAAGAGCUGGACCCUAGCCUUUUGGCCAACUUCCCUCUGCUGAAGGCCCUAAAAGCCAGAGUCAGCAAUCUCCCGGCCGUGAAGAAGUUUCUGCAGCCCGGCAGCCAGAGGAAGCCUCCCACCGACGAGAAAAAAAUAGAAGAAGCCAGGAAGGCUUUCAAGUUUUAAUAAAGCUGGCGGCUGGCGGGGCUGUCUGGGACAAAUUUGAAAUUUUCUAACAAUGAAACAAUAAAGCUCCUGUGAGCAGA